AGCCUAGUUGUCUACAUCCAUGGGUUGUAGUUCAAUUGAUUAACGUAAUUACGUAGUACAUCACUACGCACGCAACGUGUCCCUGUUCUGUUGACUGGGAAGCCCCUAGCGCGGAGCUGCCAACGCCCGGCGUAAAGACACAAAUAGAGGAUACGAUCUUGAAUGAGUAGCGAAGACUGUAAAACGCAGCUAUGCAGACCAUCAAGUGUGUUGUGGUUGGGGACGGGGCUGUGGGUAAAACCUGCCUGCUCAUCUCUUACACCACAAACAAGUUUCCCUCUGAAUAUGUACCUACGGUGUUUGAUAAUUAUGCUGUAACUGUAAUGAUUGGAGGCGAGCCCUACACCCUGGGUUUGUUUGACACAGCAGGUCAGGAAGACUACGACAGGUUACGACCUCUGAGUUAUCCCCAGACAGAUGUCUUCCUCGUCUGUUUUUCCGUCGUGUCCCCCUCCUCCUUUGAAAACGUCAAAGAAAAGUGGGUUCCAGAGAUUACCCACCACUGUCCAAAGACCCCCUUCCUGCUAGUUGGGACUCAGAUUGACUUGCGGGAUGACCCAUCCACUAUAGAGAAGCUGGCCAAGAACAAGCAAAAGCCCAUCGCUCCGGAGACAGCUGAGAAGCUGGCGAGAGACCUCAAGGCUGUGAAAUACGUGGAGUGCUCAGCCCUUACGCAGAAAGGCCUAAAGAAUGUGUUUGAUGAGGCGAUAUUGGCUGCAUUGGAGCCCCCAGAGCCCAAGAAGAAACGCAAAUGUGUGCUGCUAUGAGAGGCUCCCACCUUUUUCAAAACACACACACACACACAUUACACAUACAUACAUACAUACAUACAUACAUACAUACAUCUUAAAUACAUACACAAACCCUCCCCCUCCACAGAGGACUAGAAAGAAAACAGCCUACAAAGGUUCAGAUAAUUCUCUGCAAUAAUAAGAAGCUUCACCCUAAAGUCUGAGUUUGGGACAGAAGAUCAACGUAACCUGGCCAACAGGCUGAUGUUGGCUCGGGGCAGGGUGGCAUAGUCUCGGACGGGGAUCCAGAUAUCAAGCUUACAUACAAGUAGAAUUCAUUCUGUCAAGCUUCUGAUAGAUUUUGAUUGGGCCAGUGUUGUGGCCUAAUCAUCUUUUAGAUGCCCAGCCAUUUAGAUGUCCUCAGCCAAUGUAAAGCUUUCAUGGAUAUAAGGCCAAGCCCCUUCCAGCUGUCUCAUUGGUGGCUGUUCAUGCUGCUGGUCCCGAUCCCUCAUUCUCUCUCAGCACUACCAGAAGAAAUGCUAACAAAGUAGUGUUUUGUUUCUGUUUGCCAACACCCCUUUUUCACCUCAAACACAUGACACGUCUGAGAUAUUUAUUCCAUGUUCUGGAUAGACGCGCUCGUAACCACUAAGGAAACUGUUUAGGGCUGACUCUGUAAUUCAGAGCAACAUGACUAAAACUCCACACAGCUCUCAUUGAGGAAAUCUAAUUAGUAAAUAUUGCCAUCUAGUAUCCAGUCCUCUUAGUGUGGACUUCCACAGUGCAGUCGCAGUCCAUUUGAGUGUGGUAAUCACUUGAAGAGCUAAAGGCAUCCAGUAGUAAUGGGUCCACUAGUGACUAGUCGACCAAAAGGAAUUGGCCUUUUAGAUCCAGGGAACUUAAACAGUGUUAGCAGAACAAGCGGUGUGUUCUUUAUGCGUUGCCGAGGACCAAGGGAGGGUAAAGCACGAUACUGCUUUAACAUUGUCAUCCCCUUACACUUAGAAUGGGUACAGCAGAGACAUCGGUGCAAAGCAAACGUUCCUUGGCAGCCAAAUCCUGAAAUCCAUGCUUCGACAACUGAUCAACGAACGUGAAUUUCCCCCAGAAUUCUGCUCCAGGUCAGAAUUUGGGGUCUCUUGGUGUGUUUUCUCCAGGCCGUAUGUCUGAGGUGUGAAGGGCUGUCCGCUCUGUUGUACCCGUUCAGACUGUAUGGUGCUGCAUGUAGCCGAGCCUUGGUCUCUGUUUUAAAUGAUAGGUUUAACAGAUGUAAUUAUAAUGUAAGAUGGCACAAUGUUGAUGUAGGCUCCAGGUGUUUUUACCAAAAUAUUUUUUUUUUCUUCAUAUUUUCUGUUUGUGCUGUUUUUUUUAUUUUAUAUAUAUAAAUAUAUAAAAAAGGUUACUCUCACUCCUUUUACAUUUAGGGGUCGGAACUCAUCUGAACUCUUACCUGCCAGGUAAUACCAAGAAAAGCUCUGAUUGGUUUAGUUGAAUAAAAACCUCCAAUGGCAGAGAGACUGUUUGGUAAAGAUUAUUUGUGAUUGGUUGGUCCUUGUUUUUCUUUACUGAUGGCUUAGAGUUGGGUUGAUUUCCAGCCCAAGUCAGUAUAAUUAUUAUAACCUGGUGUUGUUUUGGUGCAAAACCAAAUGCUCUGUCUAAAGUCUUUGAUCUUUGUAUAUGCAUUCUUUAAAAAAAAUAUUAAACUUAUACCUUAAUUGCCUUUA